CUUCAGUCAGAUGGACGUGCAAAGCCAGUUAUUUAUACCAAGAAUGGGAAUGUCUUCUUCUAUCCACAAGUCAUCAAAUUUGGCAGAGAAAACCCAACGAGUAUGUCAGCAACACCCAGCCAAGAGGAGGAAAAGAUCCAUGAGUCAAAAAAUCAGCAAGAAACACCACCAGAAUCCGAGGCCAAGUGCUCCUUACUUUCUUCAGCUGCGAAAGAAAUCAGAGCUUCCCAAGGCGGUGAGACUCUUCUCUCAGAAGAUGAAUGGAAGGUGUUAGUGCUGACGGGAAAUACAGGGACUCAAGCCAACGUCACACUCCGGGUGUAUGGAGAUGAAGGAGUCACUGGGCCAAUAAGUCUUCGCAAGGACAGCCCAGAGCAGCUUUUCCUUCCAAGACAGGAGGAUGAAUUUCAGGUUGAAAUAAGAAGCAUUGGAAAGAUACAGAAGAUCAGGCUAGGACACGAUGGGACUAGUGAGCAGCCCGAGUGGAGUUUACAGAGGGUGACCAUGCAACACUUGAAGAGCAAGAAGACUCUAGAUUUUGCAGCAAACACAUGGUAAUCUUGGAUGCGAGCUGAUGGGGACACUGUCUGCGAGCUUCCUGUAGUAGGAGAAGGACAAGCCGGUUUCCCGUUAGUGAGAUAUCACGUUGACAUCCAUACGGGGCAACUGAGGCAAGCAGAAACAGAGUCUGAGGUUUUCCUGUGUCUCUAUGGAGAGCGGGGAGACUCUGGUCUUAGACUGCUGGACAAAUCUAACAUGCCUGUGAAAUUUCAAAGAGGACAGGUCGAUACAUUUCAAGUGGAAGCGGUAUCCCUCGGAAGACUUGGGAAAGUUCUCUUGCGCUGUGAGGCCAGUGACGGAUCCCAGUACUGGUACUGUGAGAAGGUUGUGGUCAGAGACCCGGGCGCUACAGCCGAGUGCAUCUUCACCUGUGAGAGAUGGCUUCCCUUUAUGUCUCAGGGCAUAAUUCAUUCAGAAAUUGAACUCUAUCGUCAAGACAUGCAAAUAGAUCAUCAUCCUAAAAUACAAGAGGAAGCAAAUGAAGGAGAUUGGAAGGUGACCAUUGUCACUGGGGAUCUUGAAAAUGCCGGGACCACAGCAACUGUGUCCCUUUGUGUCUACGGAGAAGUGUCAUGUUCAGGUCCUAUUAUUUUGGGAUCUGGAAAAUACCAGCUGUUUAACUCUAACAGUGCAGAUAUAUUCAAGGUUAAUCUUAAAGAUAUUGGUGAAAUCUAUAAAAUACGCAUUGGACAUGACAACAGUGGACCGGACCCCGGGUGGUAUCUGGAAGACAUUAGGCUUGAAAAUCUAGACACACGUGAGCUGCUUUGUCUAACUGUUGACGCCUGGAUCGCUGAGAAUGAAAAUGAUGGAGAUACGUCGAGAGAGCGGCCCGUUGCAAGAACUAAUAAGCCAGCUUUGCCAGUGGUGGUUUAUGAGAUCUACACGUACACGGGCAGGCAGCCAGGAGCGGAGACAGAGUCCAACGUCCUGAUCAACCUCAUUGGCACCAGAGGAGAUUCAGGAACUCGGCGCCUGCAUCAAUGCAAAAAUAACAAAGUCAAGUUUCGACGUGGACAGGUUGAUAUUUUUUCCAUUGAAGCUGUGUCUCUUGGAAAACUGAAGAAAGUUCUGAUCAGUCACGAUGGGACAGGUCCAGUUUCCAGUCUGGCUGGCACGGACUGAAAGGAGCGUUCUCGUGCGUGUCCCCCGGUGCGCAGAGGCACGAGUUGGUCCAGGGUGGUGGCUCCCAGAUGCGGUGACUGUGCCUCCCCGAGGGACGUGUGGCAAUUUCGGGAGAGUGUGUUUGGCUGUCACACUGGGAAGGAGGUGCUACCAGUACCUGGUGCGUAGAGGCCUGGGAUGCCACCCACCAUCCUAUGAUGCCCAGGACGGCCCCACAGCAAAGAACUGUCAGGCCCGGCAUCUCAACACUGAAGAGGCCGAGAAGCCCUGCUCCAGGGUAAUGGAUGGUUCCUCGAGUGUUGUUGUUAAGUCUGAAGAGGAAGAUGGCAAUCAAGAGGUGCUAUUUCCAUGCAGUCG